GUUGCCUUUUGAUCUCUUAACCUGAUGCUUAUUUACCUGAAGUUGAUGCAUAACCUUAGUGAGAAUGUGACAUUGAUUAUGGUGCCUUACAGGGAAUGAGAGUUCCUCGAGGUCUUGAGGUUUGGAAAAUGGGCACCGUCAACUACCUGGAUGCCCUUAAGCUGCAGGACAAGCUGGUCUCCAAUAAAAAAACCCAUAGGAUUUCUGAUACACUUCUCUCCCUGCAACAUCCACCUACCUAUACCCUUGGCAAAAGGCGAACUGAUCACAAUUUAUUGGUUACUGAGGCUGAACUCAAAACUAUAGGGGCAGAACUUCACUACACAGAAAGGGGAGGGGAUAUUACAUUUCAUGGUCCACACCAAGCCAUCUUAUAUCCCAUUAUUUCUUUGAGGGAGAUUGGGAUUGGUGCCAGGAAGUAUGUAGAGAAGCUCGAGUUAACUAUGAUUGAAUUGGCGUCUUCAUAUGGUGUAAAAGCUCGUGCUGGACAAAUCGGUGAGACGGGUGUUUGGGUUGGAGAGAAAAAAAUUGGAGCAAUUGGGGUUCGAAUAUCAUCAGGGAUUACUUGUCAUGGAUUAGCAUUUAACAUUGAUCCUGAUCUGAGUUAUUUCAAGUAUAUUGUGCCUUGUGGGAUUGCGGAUAAGGAAGUUACAUCUCUGAGAAGAGAGACAGACAUGGCGCUCCCUGCUGAAGAAGUGAUUCAUGAGCAGUUGGUUUCUUGUUUUGUGAGGGUAUUUGGUUAUGGUAGUGUUAUUUGGAGAGAGAAUGAAUCAAUACUGUCGGAUAUUGAGCGAAAUUGAAAGGCCUUUAGCCGUUAUACCCCAU